UCGCGCAGCUGGCGGGCUCGCUCAAACCAUCCACCAAGUCCAUGCAAGCUGCUCCACGUGUACAAAAACCAAUUCUCAAGGGGUGUGUCACCUCCGUCAGCAACUCCACCAGCUUCGCGGGUUCCUACUGGGUCAGGACUGGCAAGUAGACUUCACCCAUAUGCCUAAACACAAACGCUUUAAGUAUUUGUUAACCCUGGUUGACACUUUUUCAGGAUGGAUAGAGGCUUUCCCUACCACCUCUGAGUCGGCUGACCAAGUGGCCCACCAUCUAAUCCAGGACAUCAUUCCUCGUUUUGGGCUCCCGGCUACCAUCCAGUCCGACAACGGCCCUGCCUUUAUCUCCAAAGUCACUAAUGCGGUCUCUACCUCCCUAGGAAUCCAGUGGAAACUCCACGCGGCCUACCAUCCUCAAUCUUCUGGUAAGGUGGAACGGGCCAACGGGCUCAUCAAGGAGCAGGUCACCAUACUCUCCUUAGAACUCCGACAGUCGUGGAUCACCCUGCUUCCCCUAGCCCUUGCCAGGUUGCAGGCACGUCCACGGGGCUCAUCACAGCUCAGCCCGUUCAAACUCCUUUACGGGCGCCCCUUUUUGCUGUCCACCCCUCCACCUCCAAACACAACCCCUCUAGAAAACUAUCUCCCCUACUUCACCCUCCUCAGAAACCUCCUCAGGGAACACGCCAACUCCUCCUUACCCCACCCCUCUAAUCCUCCUACCAGUUCCAAGGGUAUCUCCCCCGGUAACUCAGUUCUCAUAAAAACCCUUACCCAAAAGCCCCUAGUUCCUCGGUGGGAGGGUCCUUACACAGUUAUCCUCGCCACCCCUUCAGCCAUUAAGGUCGCACAAAUCCCGUCGUGGGUCCACCUGUCCCGAGUGAAGAGGUGCCCUGAUGGCUCUCUCUCUCCCCGCUGGGAGUGUACUCCUACUGGCCCUCUAUCUCUCAAACUUACCAAAACUUAGCUCCUCUCAGUAUGUCUGGAGAUUCUUCCUUACUGAAAACUAUACCAAAACACAACAUAUCUGUGACCCUCCCCCUUACUCUCACAAUCAUCUUCUAGCCACCACUGACUGCCCCACAACGGGGUGCUCACGCCCCAUACAGCUCAACUUUUCUAGGUUUUACAAUUCCAGGGUCCCCUUCCCUGUUCUCUGCUACCAUUACAAACAGCCUGAAACCUGUAAAACCUCUUCCUGGCAUUCUUGUCUGGGCUGUGUCUGGAUAAACUCCUGUGCCCUGGAAAAAACUCUGGAAAAAGGCAGGAAGAGUCCCUCACUUCUAACCAAAACUGACGCACUCAAUCCCCAGGGCGUCCCUACAGGAGACAACCAAUUCACUCUAACCAUUCCCGACCCUUGGAACCCAAGAUGGACCAGUCCCCAAAAGGCAGCACUCUAUGACUUCCCAGGGCAAUCGUACCCCUCCUCACACCUUUACAUAUGGUGCGCUUAUGUGCUCAUCUCUGUAAGCGCCUCUAUACGAAAGCAGGAACAAGCGCUAACCACUCAACUCCAACCCCACAAUACUCCCUUUUCCUGGAUUGCCCUCCUCAGGGAGGGGUUAGCACUUGCUAACCAGUCCGGACUUACUAAUUUAACCUCCUGCCUUCUGUGUGCCACUCUUGGACAAACUCCUCUCGUUGCGGUACUGGUUCCCUUUCCGCGUAAUGCUCCGGAAUCAUCUAACCCCUUUACUCCCAUUCCUAACGUACAACUCUAUGACUUACCUGAGUCUCAGCUCCCGGCCUGCUACUCCCUAGGCCACAACUAUUCCUAUUGUAACCACACCAGGCGGGUUUCAACCAGCCUAACCGCUCCAAGGGGCAUCUUCUUCUGGUGCAAUGGCACCCUAACAAAAACCUGUCCUCUAGCCAACCUCCAACCCUCUUAUGCCUUCCAGUCACCUUAGUACCUCGACUCACUGUCUACUCUCCGGCCGAGUUCCUCCUACUACAGGUCCCACAGGCUCCAUCUCAUCGCGCCCGAAGGGCGGCCUUCCCCCCGGUGGCUGUGGGCCUGUCCCUUACAGGCUCCGCGCUGGCCGCUGGGUUGGGAGGAGGGGCAUUGUUCCAUUCUCACCAAGCUCUGGCUCGCCUUUCCUCACAACUUCAGGCAGCCAUCGAGGACUCAGCGGCGUCUCUAGCAUCUCUCCAACGACAGAUCACCUCGGUCGCCCAGGUAGCCCUACAAAAUCGGAGGGUGCUGGAUCUACUUAUGGCGGAGCAUGAAGAAACCUGCAUCUUCCUACAAGAGGAAUGCUGCUACUAUGUCAACGAAUCUGGACUGGUAGAAACGUGAAUUGAAAAUCUCCAAAAAAUCAAAACCAGCCUCCAAAAUUAUAAGUUUUCAACAGAGGCCUCCGCAUGGUGGUCGUCUUCCAUGUACACCCUUCUAUCCCCACUACUUGGUCCCUUACUAAUUAUCUGUCUUGUUUUAUUCAUUGCUCCCUGUUUUUUCCAGUUCCUCCAACGUCGGUUUCGAGAACUAACCCGAGUUACCAUCAACCAAAUGAUGCUGCAGCCGGUAUCCAGCCACCCAACACCAAACUACACCUACACCCCUCUGCCAAUCUCCCAGACUCCUUAAGAUGGCCCCUCUUCGCCCAAGUCCAGCAGGAAGUAGCCAGAACGACUUCGUCGCCCUUUUUCCUUUUUAA